AUGACCCCCGAACACCGUGAUGUCCCCGGCCAGGCACCGGACAAUGUGAGCACGGUGUCGCGCGCUCGAGACUUCUUCUCCGUUCCUGCGCCAAUCAAGCGCAUCUUCGACCGUUUUCCCCUCGUCACCUACCCCUCCAAUGAUCUCCCGCACAGCGCAUGGUCCGACAAACGUGGCAAUCGACUGUAUGUUUUCACCGAUGCCGCAGGUGCCAGACAUGGCAGACCGUCGUUCAACCCGCAGUGUCUCAAGUGGCAGGCAUACUUAAGAUUCGUUGGGAUCGACGUCGACGUGAUUCCUUCCAACAACCAUGCAUCUCCCUCUGGCGCCCUUCCUUUCCUAAUCCCCGCCCACCCCAUCAACAACAACGCCCCUAUUCCUUCCAGCAAGCUCCAAAAAUGGGCCAUCGAGCAAGUUCACUGCGAAGAGGAGCAGCAGUUGGAUCUGCGCUUCGAGGUAUAUGCGUCGUUGCUGGAUCACCGGAUACGAAAUGCUUGGCUAUAUACCCUAUACCUGGAUCCCGAGGAUUUCGAGGCCGUUGCUCGACCUUUAUACGUGGACCCAUCUAGUACGAAUUCCGCCGUGCGGACCGCUCUCGCGCUGCAGCUCCAGCAAGCUGCCCGGACAGAGAUCCUAAAAACGUCAUCUUAUAUCGAUGUGGGUGCCUUGGAGGCCGAAGCUAACGACGCAUUCGAGGCACUGUCCACGUUACUGGGCGAUAACCUGCACUUCUUUGACCGACCGAAUCCGGGUCUGUUCGAUGCUAGUGUUUUCGCAUACACACACCUGAUCUUGGAGGAGAAGCUAGGGUGGCGACGGAACCGGCUGGGACAAUUGCUGCGCCAACACGAGAACCUUGUACAACAUCGUGACAGACUCCUCAAGUUCUUCUAGACGGAUGGAUUUGUGAAAGCAUCCUCUAAUUUUACUGUACAAUAACAACUUAUAUGUGUCAAUGCUAC